CACAACUUCUCUUUCCUCUUACACCUACCACACUUUCUCAAUUCUCCUCUCUCUCGCCAAUUCCAUACAUUCCUUUCUCUCUCCACUGUCUCCUGCUGUUGAUUUUCCUCACCCGCCGGUUCCUCCUGGCUCCCAACUUUGAGAAGAUGAAGCAGUUGAUUCGCCGGCUCGCUCGAGUCGCUGAUUCGUCUCAGUACAGUCUGCUCCGAUCCGAGUCGCGCCACCGGCGGCCGCGCCUGUCACAGUCAUUCCGAUUGGUGGCGUCUUCCAAGCUUCGGCGAUCGCAUACGGUGCCGGAAGGUCACGUGCCGGUCUACGUAGGUGAUGAGAUGGAGAGAUUCGUGGUCAGCGCGGAGCUUCUGAACCACCCGAUCUUCGUGAAGCUUCUGAACAAAUCGGCGCAGGAGUACGGGUACGAGCAGCCAGGCGUGCUUCGAAUUCCCUGUCACGUCUUCGUCUUCGAGCGCGUCCUCGAAGCGCUCCGUCUCGGCCUCGACCAUGACGACGACGACGCGCGUGACAUCCACGACCUCCUGGGCUCUCCUUCCUCUGAAGACUUUUGCUAGGAUAUGGCUUCGUUGGGAGAAACAAAAAAACAGAGAGAUAGAAAAGAAAGAUAGUGAGAUCUUUUUCAUUUUCAUCUUUCUUCCUGGUAGCUUGUUUUCUUAUUUUUGCCUGUAAAUAUGCCUCACCGUCAUCUAAAGGAGGACAGAAAUUUUAUUUGUUGAUCUUUCUUCUGGCUGGUCGCUCCAACCUCUAAAUUCUGAUACCGAAGAUACUGCCACUCGACAUCUGAAGGCAGCUGCUCUUUCCUUCUUCUUCCUAUUUUCUUGGGAAACGAACAGAAAAUGAAGAGAAAGGAAAAAGAAAUCGAUGGAAGAUUUUUGAGAUCUUUCAACUUGGCAACUUGCCCUGCAAUUUAAUUCCAGUUCCAGUUUGGGAAUAUGAUUUUUGGAUUAGUAAAAUGUGU